UCCUGCUCCGCGACCGGAAAUAAGAGUUGUGGCUUCCGGCUCCUCCCUCACCAUUCGAGGCUGCGGAUCUGUCGGACUGGUUGUUCUUUCCCUUCUCUGCCGGUUAUGGCCGCGGCCGUCGCUAUGGAGACAGAUGAUGCUGGAAAUCGACUUCGGUUUCAGUUGGAGUUGGAAUUUGUGCAAUGUUUAGCCAACCCAAAUUACCUUAAUUUUCUUGCCCAAAGAGGUUACUUCAAAGACAAAGCUUUUGUUAAUUACCUUAAGUACUUGCUUUACUGGAAAGAACCAGAAUAUGCCAAGUAUCUAAAGUACCCACAGUGUUUACACAUGCUAGAACUGCUCCAGUAUGAACACUUUCGAAAAGAACUGGUGAACGCUCAGUGUGCGAAAUUCAUUGAUGAACAGCAGAUUCUACACUGGCAGCACUAUUCCCGGAAGCGGAUGCGUCUUCAGCAAGCACUGGCAGAGCAGCAACAGCAGAAUAACACAGCAGGAAAAUGAAGAGCUGGGACAGACCAGGCUCUUAGGACAUGUAUAUAAUGUAUUGCUAUGUACAGUACCGAUAAAAGAAGGUUCUUCCUGCCUACCUUCAUUAUGGUAGCACUCAGAACCGUAUUAUUUUUGGCCAGCAAACUUUAUAUUGUUAAUAGAUUAUUUCUGUUAAACCAGAA